GUGCUGGCGGUGCCGAGGCAGGGACAGCCGGGGGCACCGGAGCGGGUACCGAGGAGGGUACCGAGGGAAAAACGGCGCCGGCAGCUGCGGACAACUCCCGGCGCCGACAGGAACCCACUUGGCUUCAGGACGAGGACGACGAGCUGUGGCCUGAGUUCCCUCCCUGCUCGUCCCCAGAGGGGGCCACCAGCCCCACGUCCCCCACAUCCCCCAUGUCCCCUGCAUCUCCCACGUCCCCUAUGUCCCCCACGUCCCCUACAUCCCCUAUGUCCCCUACAUCCCCUAUGUCCCCGGCAUCCCCAGCGUCCCCCACAGCUGGCACCGCCGAGGACACGGCGGGCAGCAAGAGGGGCGCUCCGGCGGCGGGGACACGGGACAAGGCAGCUCCCGGUGCGGCGGGACAGAGGCUGAGGCUGGAGGGGGCCGGGGGACGGCCACGAGUGGGGACGCGGGCACAGGGGCGCAGCGCCAUCCUGGAGAAGUUCGGAGGGUCCCCCCAGGGCUGCCAAGGGCCCGGCCCCACACCUGCGGCGCUCAGGGGGGGCCGCCACGGUCAAGACGAUGCUGCUGGAGUGGUGCCGCGCCCGCACCCGUGGGUACCCGCACGUGGACGUGCAGAACUUCUCGGCGAGCUGGGGCAGCGGCCUGGCCUUCUGCGCCCUCCUGCACAGCUUCUUCCCAGACGCCUUCGACUUCGCCGCGCUGGAGCCCGGAGCCCGCCGGGACAACUUCGCCCUGGCCUUCGCCACCGCCGAGGAGCGGGCGGGCUGUGCCCCGCUGCUGGAGGUGGAGGACAUGGUGCGGCUGCCGGUGCCCGACGCCAAGUGCGUGUACACGUACGUGCAGGAGCUGUACCGCUGCCUGGUGGCCAAGGGGCUCGUGAAGACCAAGAAGCGCUGAGAGGGUCCCCCACGGCCCCCCAGCUGUGCCAGCCCCCUGCUCUGUCCCCCAGCAGUAAAGGCCGUGGUUCCAGGCGGUGGUGGCUUCAUCUUUGGAGGGAGGAGCGCCGGCACCGAGCGAGUGUCUGGGCAUUGUCACCAGGCAGGGUCGGAGCCGGCCAGAUCUCCCGGCGCCCGCUGGACACGCAGGGAGCGACCCGCCGGGCAGGCAGCAUGCCCACCGAGACACUCUGGCUGCCUCUGGCGUGGCUGGUGGCCACAGCCACGGUCACUGUCACCCCGGUGCUCGCUCUGGAGGCCUCUCCCUGGAUGACGCUGCUCAGAGAGCCCCCGACACCGCCUGUGCCCCCUGUGCCCCCUGCUCUUAGCCCGGCUCCCUCCCAGGACGUGGGGACCCCCGUGCUGCCCGUGCCCACCCCCAGUGCUCACCCCGAGGAGCUGCCUGGCUGGGCUGUCACGGACGUCCCCAGCCCCACAGCGCCGCAGGGGGCACUGGAGGGGCUGGACGCCGCUGCCAACGAAACCACGGCAGUGCCCACGCCUGGCACCAGCGCCCCGCCGUGCCCUGGGGACGAGGAGCCCACCGACAGCUGCGGGGAGCCCACGGGGGAGCAGCGGGCUGCCGUGGCCGAGGCUCUGGCCACCUUUGCCCUCCGCUUCUACCAGCGCAUGGCAGAGGCCGCCCAGCCCGACGCCAACCUGCUCUUCUCCCCCCUCAACGUGGCCGUGGGGCUCUCGCACCUGCUGCUGGGAGCCCGCGGAGAAACCCGGGAGCGUCUGGCCGCCCUCCUGGCGUACCCGCCGGGGCUGCACUGCGUGCACGGCGCCCUGCAGCAGCUGGCCAGCGCGCCAGGCCUCUUCUCGGCCGCCCAGAUCUUCCACCACCCAGAGCUGCAGCUGCGGCCCCGCUUUCUCAACGACUCGCUGCGCUUCUACGGCGCCCGCCCGUACGCCCUGAGCGGCAACGAGAGCCUGGACCUGCAGCGCAUCAACGCCUGGGUGCGGGAGGCCAGCAAGGGGCUGCUGCCCUCGCUGCUUUCCGCGCUGCCCCCCGAGCCCCGCCUGCUGCUGCUCAGCGCCGUCCACCUGCGCGCCGCCUGGCGCACGCCGCUGGACCGCAAGAAGACGGUGCUGCUGCCCUUCCUGCGGCCCGGGCGGCGGCCCCGCAAGGUGCCCACCAUGACCAGCGCCAAGUACCCGGUGGCCUCCUUCACCGACUCCCGCCUGCAGGCCCAGGUGGGGCGGCUGGAGCUGAACGGGGGGCUGAGCCUCGUGGUGCUGAUGCCGCGGGGGCCCCUGGAGCCUCUGGAGAGCCUGGAGCGGGCGCUGGACCCCGCCACCUUCCGGGCGCUGCUGCGGCGGGCGGCGCGCACCCCGCCCCGGGCCACCGCGCUGUCCCUGCCCCGCCUGCGCCUCGACCUCGCCCUGGACGUGGUGCCUCUGGUGCACGACAUGGACUUCGGGCUGUUCCUGGACGCGGAGCUGUGCGGGCUGGCGCGGGGCCCGGCCGCGGUGGACUCGGCGCGGCACCGGGCGGUGCUGGCGCUGGACGAGGCCGGCGUGGAGGCGGCGGCGGCCAUGGCCACCUCGGUGGCGCGCUCGGCUCUGGUGCUGGAAGCCCUGCGACCCUUCCUCUUCGUCCUCUGGCACGACACCGGCGACUUCCCCGUCUUCAUGGGGCGGCUCAGCGACCCCCAGCCUUGAGUCUGCUGCUCCUGUCCCUGUCCUCCCUCCUCCUGCCAUCCCUGCCUCCUCCUCUCCCUGCUUCCCUCCUUCCCUCUCUCCUUUACCCCUUUCCUCUCUAUCUCCUCCCAUCCUCCCUCCCUUCAUCCCUCCGUCCUUCUC